AUGGCAUCACAGAAGACAUUUUCAGAAUUCCAGUUAGCCACUGAGUUACCAGCAUGGGCUAAAUUGCAAGAAUUGUACGAAUCACAAGGUAAGACAUUGGUUCUAAAAAAGGAAUUUGCCGCCGAUCCUAAGCGUUUCGAAAAGUACGCUAAAACUUUUGUAAACUACGAUGGUAGUAAGAUAAUGUUUGAUUUCUCGAAGAAUUUGAUUAAUGACGAAAUUUUGAAGUCUUUAGUGCAGUUGGCUAAGGACGCUAAGGUCACGGAGUUAAGAGAUGCUAUGUUUGGUGGUGAACACAUUAAUUUCACUGAAGACCGUGCAGUUUACCAUAUGGCUCUUAGAAAUAGAUCUAAUAAGGCUAUGACCGUGGAUGGUGUUAAUGUUGCUCCUGGAGUUGAUAAAGUUUUGCAACAUAUGAAGGAGUUCUCUGAACAAGUCCGUUCCGGUGAAUGGAAGGGUUACACUGGUAAGGCUAUAACCGACGUUGUCAACAUUGGUAUCGGUGGUUCUGAUUUGGGACCUGUUAUGGUUACUGAGGCAUUGAAACACUAUGCAGGCGCAUUAAAGGUACACUUUGUCUCUAACAUCGACGGUACUCAUUUGGCUGAAACAUUGAAGGUUGUAAAUGCUGAGACCACGUUGUUCUUAAUUGCCUCUAAGACUUUCACUACUGCAGAGACUAUUACAAAUGCUACGUCCGCCAAGAACUGGUUCUUGUCUAAGACUGGAGGCGACCAAUCCAACAUCGCCAAGCACUUCGCAGCUUUGUCUACCAACGAAACUGAAGUGGCCAAGUUUGGAAUUGACGUAAAGAAUAUGUUUGGCUUUGAAAGCUGGGUUGGUGGUCGUUACUCUGUCUGGUCGGCUAUUGGUUUGGCAAUUGCCUUAUAUAUUGGUUACGAUAACUUUGAGGCCUUCUUGAAGGGUGCUGAAGCUGUUGACAAGCACUUCACUGAGACUCCUCUUGAAGAAAACAUUCCAUUAUUGGGUGGUUUGUUGUCCGUUUGGUAUAAUAACUUCUUUGAUGCUCAAACACACUUGGUUGCUCCAUUCGACCAAUACCUACACAGAUUCCCAGCCUACUUGCAACAGUUGUCAAUGGAAUCCAAUGGUAAGUCUGUUACCAGGGGCAAUGUUUUUACCAAUUAUAGUACUGGUUCUAUUUUAUUCGGUGAACCAGCUACUAACGCACAACACUCUUUCUUCCAAUUGGUCCACCAAGGUACCAAGUUGAUUCCAUCUGACUUCAUCUUGGCUGCUCAAUCUCAUAACCCAAUUGGCGACAACUUGCACCAAAAAAUGUUGGCCUCCAACUUUUUUGCUCAAGCUGAAGCCUUAAUGGUUGGUAAGGAUGAAGAUCAAGUUAAGUCUGAAGGUGCCACUGGCGGUUUGGUUCCACACAAGGUUUUCUCUGGUAACAGACCAACCACUUCUAUUUUGGUACAGAAGAUCACCCCUGCCAACUUGGGUGCUUUGAUUGCCUACUACGAGCACGUCACCUUCACCGAGGGUGCUAUCUGGAACAUUAACUCUUUCGAUCAAUGGGGUGUUGAAUUGGGUAAGGUUUUGGCAAAGGUCAUUGGUAAGGAAUUAGAGACCUCUGCAGACGUUUCUGGUCACGACGCUUCUACCAAUGGUUUGAUCAACCAAUUUAAGGAAUGGAUGUAA